AUGGCGACAAACGGGCAGGGAAUCAGCGAGGGCGGAGACAAAGAAAACAGAGCGAGUGAGGGAGCGGCAAAGGCUCUACGGCUCUCCCUCGAAGAUAGAAGGCGACGCGAGGGGAGCGGAUGGGUGUGGGUGUGGAGGGCGAAGGCGACGUCUACGACGUUUUGGCUAUUCAGGGAAAGUGACAACGAAGGAUGGCAUCCGGAAGAUCUGGUGAAGCGAUCUGUCACUCGCUCAUCACUGGCUGAGCUGAAGGCCUGA